CUUUCUGAUUCGGUGAGUAUAAUUUUGUUUUUGUUAAGAUAUAAAUUGUAGCUAUUUGCACUAAUUAAUUUUUUUUGUUGCAGAUAUUAUGGAUCAAAUGAUUGCUUAUAUUUACACUGGAAAGAUGUAUGAAGGUGCUGAAGGUGUAACAUUUGAUGGACCAAGAAAAGGAAUGUAUAUUAAACGAGGUAUCACUUUGGAUAUAUUAAAGAGAAGGAUUCACAACAAAUUUAGUCUUAACUCAAAUCAAGUGAUAUUAUCUGUAAGUUACAGAUUUUUAGUUUCACAAGGUGAUAACAACAUAUAUUCUUCAUUGGAAUUGAGUGACGAUGAUGAUGUACAAUGCAUGAUAGAAGCAUUUCAGAGCCAGAAUGUGAUGCCAAUAAUGGAAUUAUAUGCUGAAAUAGGUAUGCAAGAAUCUUCUACUUUUUCAUUAGAAAAUUUGUCAAUUGAACGAUCACCUUUGAUCACAAGAGACGAAGAUGAAGAUGACGAAGAAGAUGAAGACUAUCAUGUUUCAUCAUCAUAUGAAAGCAUUGAUGAAUCCAAUGAAGAUGAAAUUGAUAAUUGUGAACCAUCUGAUGAUGAGGUGCAGCCGGAUGUUCUUGUUAAUAGUCCAAUGGUUGAACCAAUUUCAAUGUAUCCAUCUACUGAAGGUGGAAGUCAAUUUUGGGGUAAUUUACCCCACUACACUAACAUCAAUUGGAAUCAUCCCGAUGAAGAAGAUAUCUCAGGGAUGGAUGUCGGUAGUACUUGGUCAAUUGGGCAAGAUUUAUAUGUGGGGUUGGAGUUUGAGAAUAAAGAUCCAGUUAAAAAUGCAAUCAAACAAAAUGCAAUGAGAAUGCAUCAAAGUUUUUAUGUGGUUGAGUCGAAAAAGACUAAGUGGGUUAUUAGAUGUCCAAAUGCACAUGUUGUGAAACAUGUAUGGAUUGCAAUGACAACAAAUCAUCCUCAACGGGUCCACAACUCACACGCAUAG